CAUUGUUAUUUUUACGGGGUUAGGGCAUAACCAACCCUGUUAUUUCACUACAGGACGUCGCCAUUUGCUUAUUAUGAGCACUUGUUGGCUUUAAAGGCCAAUCGUCCACGGGUUAGAAGACAGGGAAUAUGAUUCACAACUCGAGAUGAUUCUACGUCGUGCAGGCAAGAAUGUCAGAUCAUUCUUGAAACGACAUUAUAACAUCUGGUUCAGCACAAAACUUGUGGUGUUGUGUUUUUGCUUCAUGCAGCUUACGUUCUUUCUACGUGUAGCAGUGAAAAGAAACACGAGGCCACCAUGGGAAAGCGCUUCGCUUUUUUUAUUACCGACAACAGACACCAGGAAAUAUGUAAAUUCAACCUCUUCCCUAACAUUACCAGCAGUACAGAUUUUAACAGCAAAAGAUAACAAAACAAGCCCCGCUCCCGUACUUGAGAUAAGAAACUCUCACGUGGUGCAGCAACUUAUCUCGUGUCCAGCAUUAAAAUCAAUGGGUAACCUCGACGCAAACAGACAGAUGGACCUGCAAACUAAAGUUUCUCGUAGUGAGCUGGAUGAUUAUGUUUUCCAAACCCAACAAGGCAAAGCAAAUGACGCUGUGGUAUCCGGUAAUGCCCAACUCAUGGGCGGACUCCAUCGAAACCGAACAACCAAUGCUUACCUUUCUUUGCUCCGGGAAGGUUAUGGUGUAACAGCAGAGAUCCGAUGUGGGAAUUACAUCUACUUGCCAGGUGGACACUGGAGACCAGCAGACUGUAUACCUCAAUCGAAGAUUGCAAUUAUAAUUCCAUUCCGUAACCGGCAUUAUCAGCUGAUGAUAUUUUUACGGUACAUGAUACCAUUUCUACAAAAACAGCGCCUGGAGUUCGCUAUUUACGUCGUUAACCAGGAGAACGAUUUUCUGUUCAAUAAAGGAAUUCUGAUGAACGCUGGUUUUUUGGAGUCUCCCAAGUUUUCGGAGUGGGACUGCAUCAUAUUCCAUGAUAUCGACCACAUUCCACAGCAUGAGGGCAAUCCGUAUCAUUGCGUGGAUUUACCUAGACACCUGAUGGGAGGGGCAGACAACAGAAAUUACAGACCGCCGUACGGAUCAAUCUUUGGUGGAGUGACAGCCUUUAAUAGAAACCAAUUCAAAAAAGUGAAUGGAUUUAGCAACAAGUACUGGGGUUGGUGCUGCGAGGAUGAUGACAUGGGGUGGAGAGUGGCAGUUAGUGGUCUCAAGAGGACGCGAUACAAAAGCGACAUUGCUUUCUAUAAAGUUAUCAGCGAAAAACACACCCGGGGCUCGCACAAACAUGAAGCAGAAAAUCGUGCGUACCUUCGGAAGAGAAGUAAGGCGCGUAUGCUACAAGACGGUGUUAACAGUGUCAAAUACAACAUUACACACUUAGAGUUUCUUACGCUAUAUACAAACAUCUCUAUUACUUUUGAAAAUAACGAAUGACGAGAACACGCCAUAGCGCCAAGAUGUUGAAUGCAGUCGGCCCAAGUUUUUGGCUACAUGGCAUGCCAUUGAUUGCGGCAGCCCCCCCCCCCCCCCCCCUUCCCAGUUACGGAUCCACCUUUUUUUGUCAGGUCCUGAUUGUUGUCCUCUUAUUCCCUUUUCGUGAAAGCAUUCCCUUGUUGGGUCCAUGUUGAACAUUUUGUCAAAUACCCCACAAGGGCACUACAGUAAGCGCCAAGCUCUGUGUUGCAGUCGCUGUGUGGACAUAAAUUUGUUUUUACUUUAGUAAAAUCCUACUCAUCAACACUUGAAUAACACUAUGUUUCAAUUGUUCUCAGGUCAAUUCCGUAUCAAGCGUUGGGGACAUACCGCAUGUAAUUAUGUCAUCUAUGCAAUACUAUCUGGAGGACAUUAUAUGCAAUAAUGUCAGCCGGACACAUUUGCAUAUGUAGUUAUGUCCGCACCCGUGCAAAACCAUCCCUGCAGUAAAUUUAACGCCCCUGGUCGACGGAACACGUUCGCCAUUUUGUUUUACAAUCUAAGUGCAUGUCAUAAAUGACAUGGGAAAUGUUCAGCCGUUGGGUAUUCGCUGCAAUCUUAAAAAUACGUGAAUAUUCAUAGUCACUACACAUGCCUAAGCAACCCACUGGUUUCUUUGUAAAAAGAAGUUUCUGUGCCACUAAAAUUGUGUAUUAAUUUUAAUACUUUAUUUCGUUUUUCUUCAAUAUGUAUAUCUUUGUUUCUCUUUUUCAUUAUUUCUGAAAUGUCUCUUUGUUUGAUACACUUUUUCUUUAUCCGUGUUUUACAGUUUGUUUCACUGACAUCCGUUUGUACUUUGAAUUUCUUUCCCUUAUUGCGGUCUUUCGGUUUGUGUUUAGUUCUGCAUUUCUGUGUUUUCGUAUCUUGUUUGUUUUGUCCAGGUGAUGUUUGCAGAUGUAUUAUUUUAAUUGAUAGGUUAUAUUUACGUUGUUUUUUUAUAUCGGUAGGCUAGGGGCUAUUGUUGUU